GCAUAAAGCCUUUUCCGGCAUCUUAGUUUCACUCAUGAUGUACAGCUUCAUGGGAGGGGGCCUGUUUUGUGCCAUUGUGGGGAACAUCUUGCUGGUGGUCUCCACAGCAACAGACUACUGGAUGCAGUACCGCCUGUCAGGCAGCUUUGCCCACCAGGGUCUAUGGAGGUACUGCAUGUCUGGCAAAUGCUACAUGCAGACCGACAGCAUCGCCUACUGGAAUGCCACUCGAGCUUUCAUGAUCCUGUCCGCCAUGACCUGCUUUGCUGGCAUCAUCGCAGGAAUCCUGUCCUUUGCUCACUUCUCUGCAUUUGAGAGGUUCAACCGCUCAUUUGCUGCAGGAAUCAUGUUCUUCGUCUCCACUCUCUUUGUUCUGCUUGCAAUGGCCAUUUACACGGGGGUGACAGUGAACUUCCUUGGAAAGCGUUUUGGUGACUGGCGUUUCUCUUGGUCCUAUAUACUAGGCUGGGUGGCACUGCUCAUGACCUUCUUUGCAGGUAUAUUCUACAUGUGUGCCUACAGAAUGCAUGAGUGCAGAAGAGUGGCAGGCCCGCGUUAAUGCAAACAAGAAAUCACAUGUCAAAGCGAGAAAACAAAAAACUGACAUAACAAUGGACAACCUUUGAACACUAAUAAAAUG